AUGCUUGCUCCUAUGGGUUCCGCAUCCUCCUCAUCCUCGUCUGAACAACCUCCACCUACAGCACCCACAGUGUCCAACAAGAGCGACGUCCCUCCUGCCAAGGGAUCUGUGGUGUGGAAGAAGUGGCCCUCCGCCCUCCGGGCUCUGAUCGCGGUGCUUCCAGCAUAUCAAGCCCUCCUCAGAAGUGGCGAUUACACUGGCAAAAGGGCAUGGAUGAGCAAGACCAUACCGGAGAUGAUGGAGCGCGACUUCCCUGAGAGCAUGAUUCAGCAAUUUGGCACCGACAAGCUCAGAGUUGCCGUCGGAGCCUGGUUGAACAACAAUAGGAACGCGGCAGCCCAGGAUGUAUCCAAGGCGUUGGAUGGGAACGACUGCCCACAGAAGGCUGAAGAUGGAGCCACGGCGAGCCCUAGCAGGAACACGGGAAGCAAUGAUACCGCACGCGCAGUCGUGGGGAAGAUCGAGCGUAUCAAAGCUAUGGGCGGGAAUAAGAUAGGGGGAUGGUCGAGGUGCGCGUCCUACAUUUGGCACAACGAGCUGGAGGAGGCGGAGCGGUCCGAGUGGGUAAAAAAAGCGGAGGAGCUGAGCGUGCCUGACGAUGAGCAAUGUUACAUCAAUCAGCUCAGCGUCACAAAGCUGCUUGUUAGCUUGCUGACUGACCUAAUCGGCAUAGGGCCCUCCAAAAUAGGCAAGGCGUGCUUCGCGGUGCGCUUGGCUUACAGGGCCCCUGAUGGGCAGCUCAUCUAUGAAGAGUAA